AAUCCGAGGCUUGAAGGUAGAGCUGUCCCGCCUUAAGCCAAAGGGACCAAUGGGAAGCGCGGGCGGCGUGUUUGAAAGCGAGGCCAAAGUGGGUGGGAGCGCGUGCUGCUGGGAGUUGUUCGGAGGUUGGCGGCGCGGGGCUGACGAUCCUCAGGCCGAGCGGUCAUGUCGCACAAACAGAUUUACUAUUCGGACAAAUACGACGACGAGGAGUUCGAGUACCGGCACGUCAUGUUGCCCAAGGACAUAGCCAAGCUGGUCCCUAAAACCCAUUUGAUGUCUGAAUCUGAGUGGCGGAAUCUCGGCGUGCAGCAGAGUCAGGGAUGGGUCCAUUAUAUGAUCCACGAACCAGAACCUCACAUCCUGUUGUUCCGGCGACCGCUGCCCAAGAAGCCGAAGAAAUGAAGCCGGCAGCCGCCUUUCGGCCUCAGGCUUCGCACAGCUGUCCUCACGUGCUAACGACAUCUUCGGGUGACAUUAUUCCAUUGCCUUCUUGCUUCCCACUUUGAUAUUGAAAGGAUGUUCAGACUGUUUGUGCCGGUGACCGCUUCGCCUGAGCCAACAGCGGCACGGCCCAGCCGGCUGAGCGCCGUUCGGGCUGCAGCCUCGGCCGAGCGUGACCCCGGAAGCCCUGCCGAGCUCUGUAUCCUGCAGAACACACUUGGUAGAUGGAGGAAGCGGCUCCCCUAAGCAUAAGGCCGUGGCAGGGAUUGCGUAAACUUGCCGUUUUGUUUCUUCCUGCCAGGUGUUGUAUGUUGUAUGGUGGUUCAUGUUUCAUUGUACUGGAAACUGUCCGUUUUAUUCAAGAAACCUGUUCCCUGUUAAAAAGCCUUGAUUAAAGAGGAAGUUUUUACGGUCUGA